GAGAUUAGCUCACUGCUCCGUUGGAACUCGGAAGCGGCGUAUUCGCGAGCUCGUGGUGGCCGAGUCAGAAAGAGAGAGAGAGAGAGAGAGAGAGAGAGAGAGAGAACAGAGAGGUAUCUAGAGAGAGAGGCGGUAGGGGGAGGAGAGAGAGAGAGAGAGAGAGAGAGGGGGGGCGGCCUACAACUACAACUGCUCCUGGUUUUGGAUCAUACUGUCGCGUCGUGUUGACCUCUCGGGAAUUCCUCUCCGCUACCCUUUUGCUAGAAUAGAAACAGGGAGGUGGGGGGAGUUUUGUAUAGAGGGCGAUUCGUGUUCUCACGCUACCCGCAGCGAUUAGUCUUGUGUGGGAGGAGAUCCCCAAAUCGCUUCACUUCGCUUCGAAAUGGAUGCAAGCUUUGGUCCUACAUGGGACAGUGAUGAUGAAUAUGAAAAAUUCAUACAGAAGAUGAAUCCUCCAAGAGUUGUAAUCGACAAUGAAUCUGCUGUCGAUGCAACAGUUGUUAGAGUCGACAGUGCAAAUAAGUAUGGGAUUCUCCUAGAGGUAGUCCAGGUGCUUACAGAUCUAAAUCUCAUCAUAACCAAAGCCUACAUAACCUCAGAUGGAGGAUGGUUCAUGGAUGUUUUCAAUGUGACCGACCGAGAUGGUAAUAAGCUGAGAGAUGAAGCUACAAUUAGUGGCCUUGCAGACUACAUUCGAAAGUCCUUAGGGGCAGAUUCUCGUUAUAUGCCUUCACGAAGGAGAUUGGUAGGUGUCGCUCCUUCAACGAACUACACUUCAAUCGAAUUCACUGGAACCGAUCGGCCGGGUUUGCUCUCUGAAGUGAGCGCGGUGCUCACGAACCUUAAGUGUAAUGUAGUGAAUGCUGAGAUAUGGACCCAUAACACAAGAGCUGCAGCUGUUAUGCAUGUGACUGAUGAAGAUACCGAUUUAGCUAUCAGUGAUCCAGAACGACUUCAGGGAAUAACGGAUCGCCUGUAUAAUUUGCUCAAAGGGAACAAUUUUUCUGGAGGAGCCAUGACGUCAGUCUCUACGCGUGGGACCCACACAGAGAGAAGGCUUCAUCAAAUGAUGUUUGAUGAUCGAGAUUAUGAGAGACCCAAUAAUAUUAAAGAUGAUGAGAGUAUCAAGCGGCUCCUUGUAGUUAUUCGAAAUUGGAAUGAUAAGGACUAUUCUGUGGUGACUAUUCGGUGCAAGGAUAGGCCGAAACUUCUCUUCGACACGGUUUGCACGUUGACGGAUAUGCUGUACGUGAUUUUUCAUGCCAAUGUCGAUACAAAAGGCCCUGAAGCUUACCAGGAAUUCUACAUCAGGCAUAUAGAUGGGUUCCCAGUUAACUCUGAGGCUGAAAGAGAACGAGUAAUCCAGUGUCUUGAAGCAGCUAUAGAGCGCAGGGUGUCUGAGGGCCUGAAGCUUGAGCUGUGUACAGGCGAUCGGGUCGGUUUAUUAUCAGAGAUUACCCGUAUCUUUCGCGAGAACAGCCUCACUGUCACAAGGGCCGAGGUGUCCACAAGAGGAGGCAAAGCCAUUAACACAUUCUAUGUCUCUGAUACCACAGGAAAUACUGUGGAUGCAAAGACUAUAGACACCAUCCGGCAAUUAAUAGGGCAGGCCUUUCUUCAAGUGAAAGGACAACCCGAGCAAACCCAGACCCCUCAAGAAUCACCUACAUGGUUCCUCUUUAGCAACUUGUUUAGGGCAAGAUCUCUCUACAACUUUGGUUUGGUUAGGCCCUAACCAUCUUAAUAUCCAUAUGCACAAGCACAACUUACCUUGAAAAUAUUUGUCACAAAAACUAGAUGAAGGGGAAGCUGGAAACCUGUAAAUAUUGGUCCUCAAUGUUUAUACAAUUCGCUCAUAGGGACCAUUCCUCUUCGGGCUUAGGGAUAGAUUCUCAUGUACAGAAUUCCUCCUCCCUUGUAAAUUCUUACGUAGUAACUGCUCCAUGCCGUCCAUACCUGUACAUAUAGAGAUGUAAAUAUGGCCAGCUAUUAGCAGGUUGUGUGCAAUAUAGUUCUUUGCUUCUCUAUCUUCACCCUUCA